AUGGACAUCUCAAGCGUGACCAAGGCGUUCCAAUCGGAGCGCCUAAUUUACCGCUCACCAGAAGAUAACGACAAAGACAAGGAAUUCUUCUUCAAGCAUAUCGAGAACGACCCCGUCGCAAAAGCCCUGUCAGACCCUUCUAUUCUUCGUCCCAAGAACAAAAAAGACGUUGCAGACUUUUUAACAGAGUUUCAAAAGUCCGUUCUCGCUGUUGUACUCUGUCUGUCCCCCGACGAAGCCAAGAAGCAAAACAUUGAGAGCGAAGAACCAGUUCCCAUUGGGUUUAUCUGUAUCGGCUGGGGCGGCAAGCCCAAGAACCGCGAACAGCAUAGGGCUACGCAUAUUGGUAUUGUCAUCGCGGACGCGUUUAGGAAUAAGGGCUAUGGAGGGGAGAGUAUUAAUUGGGCGCUGGACUGGGCGUUUAGCAUCCCCUGCAUCCACCAGCUACUAGCAGACGAACAGCAACGGCCAUGGUGGCGCAUGAUCUUCGCUGUCCAGCGUGAAGAAGGCCAGUCGCACUUUUCGCUCACGCCUCUCGGAUAUUCUCAAGAUGGGUCUUUGGAACCGCACCCAGUCAUUCAGCCGAACCAAGGAUUCUUCAUCCACCAAGCAUGUUGGCCCAUAUACCGCGACAAGAUGUUCUUGUUUUCACCGCGGCGCUAUAAAGACGAGCAGAUCCUGCAGGUGUUUUUUGAUCUCCGACAGAGUAUGCCUAGCAAUGGGGAUGGUUGGAUAUCAUAUCUUCGCCCCCAUAAUCAACCAGCGCUGUCUGUUGCAACGUUCGCAGGCCGCAGCUCUUUCGGCUGGGAAUUCUUGAAAGCUGAUCCCAGCAUAUCUCCCCUCGGUCCGACGGUGUAUCGUUUAGUUGAUGGAGGGACUUAUACGCAAGUAUCGUCGGACGUAUUCUCCAAGCUUUCUACCGAGUUGAACCAUGAGAUAAUCAACUUACUAAAUAAUGGGUCUUUUCUCAACCUUCGGCUUGCAUCAAAGACUAUUGCAAACUUCUCCAAGCCUGCUGAUUUACCUCAAACCUUUUGGGCAAGCCGCUUCAGCCGUGAUCACGAAAUGAGAUUCUUUCCGUUGGAAUACGACAGAACGGAGACAUGGCGAGAUCUGUACUUUAGCAUGAAGCAUGCUCUUAAAGAUAGAUCUAAAACAGCACACGCGCUAAAUCGGCUUCGUAUCUGGAAGGGUCUUGAGGUCAUCGCGCCUUGUAUGGUCGCCAUGCUUGAACAAAGCCCACGUCUGGAAGACACAGCGAGUUGUAGAGAGGAGCUAGUGUCAUUAGGAUAUGACAUGACCCAGAAAGUACAAGGGUUUGGAGGAGAGCCGCGCGCAGAUCCUUACGGGGAUGUUUAUGUCAAAGGCUCGCGAUACCUGAACCUACGAGGCGGCGCAUGGUUCUCGGUUAGCAUAGGGGAACUCGAUGGGAGGCCCUACAUAUGCAGCUUUCGGGUAAUGGGGCGAGAUCAUAUUGAGAAGUUUCGCAUUGGUUUGGUUAACAAGGCAGAAACAAGAUUUCUCAUCAAACCAUCUGACCAGGUAACCGCUGUUAAGGUGGCGACUACUUUUGGUGGCAUUGUUGGACUUGCCUUUAGGAUCAAGGAUGAGCUUGGUGGAGUAGACUGGAAGAUCGUGGGUAAAGUCGACGAACCUGACGAUUAUGUUGGCAUCAAAUUGCUAAAGCCGCAAAACGGUCCCUAUAUUAUGGGCUUGCUGCUUGGUCUCGAUGCUUGCAAAGUCGUUACUAUCCAGCUGGUCGAGAAGCCAGGCGACGCCACUACUAUGGAUAAACCAAAGACCUCUGGACAACAUGUAUGGCACCCUGCACCCCCUCAACCUGACGUGGUUACUAUGUUUCCUCCCACCGUCGAUGAAACUGCUUUCAUGUUGAACAUGGACUUUGGCGGCCCAAGUGGCUCCCUGCUUCCACUCCUCACUCGAGUCGCCAUAUUCCACGAUGAGCUAAAUUACACUGUCAGAGGCUUGGGCUUCUACUACACUGACGGAACAGAGAAGGAGUUCGGUUUCCGUGAAGUUUUAACUACUUACCGACAUCGAGAUACGGCCAUUGAACUGUCUCUUCCUAUCGAUGGACCGGCUGGCGAGAGAAUCAUUGGCCUAGGCUAUUCUGCGCCGCUUGCCUCCUUCUUCAGGAUAAUUACCCGUUUUGGGGCGGCUACUAAAAGGAUUAAGCCUAUGGAAGAUCCUGAAAACCCUGGAAUGGAGAUCCUGGUUUCGCCUCAUGGAGAGACUGUAACUGGAUUUCUGGGACAGGUUCGUAUGAUUCCAUUGUUUGGGUACCUGGAAUCCCUGGGACUUGUACAUCUCGACCAUGUAGACUCAUCUCGGCCCGUGUCGCCGUCAACUGCGCUCAACUACUACAAAGCCCAUGAAGGGCAAUCAACGUCUGUUCUUCUCAACAACGUCAAGCGCAUAGGAAUUUCAUGUGGAAGAGAGGGGCGCAGCCGACGUCCAGAACAUGUAUCAGGUUUCCGCUUCGACUUCUGGGACCAAAGUCCACCCGUUUAUGCUGGUCAAUGGUUCAAGGAGAUUGGUCAUCUCGACGUCUGCAAAGGUGAGAGAAUUACAGGCAUCACUUUCUGGAACGCAGUGCAGGGUUGCGCGUACCAUAAUGCUAGAAAUACAAAGUACAGCGGAGUCCGGAUCGAAAGGUCUGGUCCUAGACCCAACGCUGUCGAGGUGCACCCUGGGCCACAAGGCAAUAUGUACGAAUUAUCCUACACGGAGAAUCGCUUCGAGAGAUUGGAUAGUUUUGUUUGGGAUAUUUUCCAAGCGACCGACUCUACCAACGUCGAGGUGAAACCUACACCAUUGGCCAAGAAAUGCCUUUCGAGCAGGUCGCACAUACGCGAGGGACUAUGUACAAAGAACGAUAAGGUCUUCUGGGAGAUAGAAGACGGAAAGGGAGGUUGGACGAGUGUGUCCCAGAUAGCCGCGUUCUUUAAUCCCAACACCAAGGGACUGUGCGGCCUGGAGUUUACAUACAAAGAUAACCAGACCAGGCGCGGUGGUUAUACCAAGGGAGUCAAAACGACCCUAAAAGUCAAACGAUACGAGGAGGUCACAGGCGCAUUAACUAGAUCUGCGACAACAGUCACCAGCGGCGACAUUCUUCAUGUUUCUUUCAUUGUAGGAGAUAGUCGGAGAAUGCAGAUGGACUGCAGUGGAGUGAAGGACUAUGAUCAUGAUCCCAACCAAGUUUAUCCGUCACAGUGUUCCAGGAUCCCGGCGGCGAGAAAGGUGCCAGGUGGAGUGUCGAAGUGUGUUGGUGUGUACCUCGAUAUGUUUCCAGACCUGAAGGACAAGGUUUGUGCUCAGAAGUUUGGGUCAGUGUUUGUUGAGCCGGCAGAUAAGCAGGGGGGGAAAUGA